AUGCAGAUCAAGGUCACCGAAGAAUCUCAGAAAUAUCUCGUAGUUAACACCCACAAAGGUUUGUACGCGUAUACUAGAUCGCCGUUUGGAAUUUCGAGUGCCGCUUCUACUUUUCAACGGAUUAUGGACGAGAUACUGGCGGGCAUAGAGGGUGUUGAGAGUUAUCUAGACGAUAUUUUGAUUGGGAGUGAGACUAUUAAAGGAUUGUUUAAAAAUGUUUAUAAAGUGCUUGAUCAGCUGCUAAAGCACAAAGUAAAAGUUAACUGGAACAAGAGUGAGUUUCUAGUGCAAGAGAUUAAGUAUUUACGGCACAAGGUUUCGGAGAAAGGUCUCAGUCCGUCAGAUGAGAAGAUCGAAGCCAUCGUUGAUGCCCCACGUUCCAGAGAUGUUUCGCAACUAAAAUCGUUUCUAGACAUGAUCAAUUACUAUUCGAAGUUUAUCCCUAAUUUGUCAGUGAAACUUAGUCCUCUUUAUACGUUGUUGAAAAAAAACUCUCGUUUUGAAUGGAAUGAAAAGUGCGAGCAAGUGUUUGGGGAGUGUAAGAAGCUCUUGCUAAGUAACAACCUGUUGGAAUUGUAUAACCCUGAGUUGCCCAUCGUGGUCAUUUGUGAUGCGAGUUCAAAUGGGGUGGGCGCAGUGUUAUGUCACAGAGUAGGCGAGAUAGAAAAGCCGGUGUUCUAUGUUUCUAGUACUCUGUCUGCGUCGGAAAAGAAUUAUCCGAAUCUUCAUCGGGAAGCACUUGGGAUUGUAUUUGGGCUUACUAAGUUUUUCAAGUACAUUUACGGUAAAAGAUUUAAAGUCGUUACCGAUAACAAGCCGUUGGCUAGUAUCUUCAACUUCAAGAAGGGAAUUCCGUCAUUAACCGUAACGAGAUUGCAAAAGUACGUUCACAUGUUGUCUAUUUUUGAUUUUGAAAUUGAGUACCGACCGGGUUCGAAAAUUUCUAACGCCGAUGCUCUCAGUAGGUUGCCGACUCAGAGAGAAACAGGGAUAGAAGAUGUCGCUGAUCUACGUUGGGUGAGUGACGAAGCGGAAAUCGUCGAUCUAGAAAUGAUCGGUCGUGCAACUCAGGAGGAUCCGAGAAUGAGAGAACUUUUUACGUGUAUCAGAGAGGGAUGGAAAGAGAGUUCUGUGCCAGCCGAUUUAAGAUUUUUCUUUACGAAUCAAAGCUGUUUGUCACUGUACAAGAACUGUGUGAUGUAUUCUGAGAGAGUAGUUGCUCAAAGGUCUUGUAGGAUACGAAUCUUAGAGUUGUUGCACGGAUGCCAUCUCGGUGUCGUGCGCAUGAAACAGGCAGCUCGAAAGUUUGUGUUUUGGCAGGGCUUGGAUAAGGAAAUCGAAGAGAUCGUUCAGCAAUGCGAGGUGUGCAGUAGUAUGGGAAGAUCUGUCAAGAAAAAGUUUUCAGAAUGGCCUAAAGCUCUCCGUCCUUUUGGUCGUGUUCAUUUGGACUUUUUCCAAUUAGCCGGGUUUUUAAUUUUAAUUGAUGCUUACUCCAAAUGGAUGGAUAUUAGGAUGAUGCCGGAGAAGGAUGCGGAAGCAUUGAUCGACGUGCUGAAUUCAGUGUUUAGGAUUUUUGGCAAAUGUGAUACCCUUGUCAGCGAUAACGGUCCUCCCUUUUUGUAG